AUAUUGGCUGCAUUCCCUUGCGUUAAUCUGAUCACAGUUGUGUUUAUAAAAAUUCUGCGAAAGUAGCUCGUCCGUUCAGAGAGGAAACUCAAGGAAAUAUGAACGAAAACAUGUCUGCAACCAAGACUGGUUAUUUAUCGCUGACUACUGACAAAAACCCAAGCCGUCAAGUCAGACUUAUGGCUGAGGCGUAUACGAACGUGUCAGACCCGUUCAUCGUAUUCUACACAGAUUCGUCAUUCGUUGGGAGAAAAGCUCGCGCGUUUCUGCGAUUUAAGUCCUGUGCUCUGACAGAAAACGACGAGACAUCUUUUACUCUGAUUCCGCACGGAGAGCGAAUCGGUUCUUCUGCAGGAUUUCUAUGCUUCAGAGCCGAGACGUCUGAAGAGAAACAAGAGUGGUUGAGAGUUUUUAAAGACAAUCAGCCUGAGAACGAAAGAACUGCAGUGAAAACGAAAAGGAGGAAAAUAAGUUCACGAAUGUUGCCUGUAAUUCAGGAAAGCUACUCUGAGGAGAUCGCUGUGGUUGAGCAGAGAAGAUCUAGUUUAAUUCCAGUAUAAAUGGAACAAAAUAUUUUACGCGCCACAAUAACGAUCGUGGCAAAGAGGAUCGUGCAUCCAGAGACAAGGAAUUUACUUCAUUUAUUAUGAAAAAACACACACAGAAUCAUAGACUCUGGGAGGCCGAGCGAAACUCUGUCUCAUGUAAAUGUAGUAUUUUCAGACAUCAAAGAACACGAGAUGUAAACUUUCCAGAAAGAUCACGAAGAUUUUCCUGAUAGGAGAAGAAAUAGGACUGUAAUUUUUAAAUAGUUCAAAAUUUAUGCACCUGAAAUAGGCGAAGAUUAACUUUAUCGAGUGGGGUGACUCAGCGCAAAGGUUCGAAAAUCGUAUAAUAUGUGCUAAUUUUUGGCAAGCUGAUGAUAGCUGUUGGAAUUCGGACGUGACUUUCAUGCAAAGAGAGUCUAUUGAACCGACAAUGGGGUCAGCCAGCAGUAACGUAAUACAUUAGAGACGAUUGUAAGUAAUUUGGUCAUCGCCCACGCUAACAUGAAUCGACUAGUACGUCACACGAUUGAUUUCAAGAGAGCAUGCUUUUAAAAGUUGAAUGCUUUGUAAAUACUUCGAUGUCUCAUUUGGUAAUGAAAAUGUUAAUAGACGAAACAUUGAAGAAGAAGAUUACAUUUUGAGUAGUUUCAGUUUGCAAUGAAAUUGCUAUCAAUUAUUAAAAUUUGGACGUGGAGGGUGCGUGAGUGUGUUUGGUUUUUUUUGUUUUGUUUUUUUAAUUUAAGUCAUCUAGGAAAACACAGAUAGGAGAGGUUAUUGGCGACGUAACCAAAAAAAGUCACUGGUGGAUUUACGUGGGGUUUUUAAUUGCGAUAAGUGUUAAUUCAAUGAGCAAACAAGAAAAACGCGAGACACAUUCAUCCUAUUUAAUGAAGCGGGGAAAAAUUAGUCUCCUGAGCUAACUUAUGGGUAAAAAGAUUACGUGAGUUUAAUCGAAGUUGAAAACCUGUUUCUCUUGAAAAGAGUAAAGUCGACACGAGAACACACCGUAUGCGUCAGUGAAAUGUAUUUUCAUAUUGAUUGGAGCGGGGAAAUAAACUGUAAUUUGAAAGUUCCCCAAUUUUAAUGGAAAACCUUCUUUCCCUUUCCGCAUUUAUUACCGUGUUUGACGCAGGUUCGUAACAAAG